GCGAACCACAGUGUAGUGCAGAUUAUCCGCAUUUUCUGCUAUGUCAGAAUCGCUCAUUAACCGAUUGCCGGAUGAACUUCUACUGCUAGUGUUCUCUUAUCUGGAUCACUAUGACCUUCUUCGAGCUGUUUCUGGAGUGAACAAGCGAUGGCGCUCAUUAACACGUCAUCAGUGUCUGUGGGUCCGGUUCCACUGGUCACGUCAACAUGCUAUUCCAUUGGCGCUCUUUAAAAGUCUGUGCAAGAAAUUAAUCGGUGAGCAUACACUACAUCUCUCCUUGACUUUUGCAAACAACUUUUUGCAGGUACACUCUGCGUUGCUCCCGGUGCUUCGGAAUUGCCCCCAUUUGAAGUCCAUUCAUCUUUCAUCUGGCUGUCUGCCUACGUUUUGGGAUCUGUUACAGGUUCUACCAGCCUCUAUGCAAAAGUUUCAUCUCUGUAAUGUCAGCAUCAGGCAUAGUUUCAGUUACCAGGAAAUACGCCCCUCAAAGUCAUUUCCUCAACUGACCAACCUGAAUCUCUCUGGCUGUGGUUGGUUUACCGACUCCUGUCUACAUUCGAUUAUUGGGACCCAAUCGCUGACUCACGUGAAUCUCGACGGCUGCUACCGUCUGUUCGGUGGUCCUCCCACUUGUUUUAACCUGGCCUCUCGCUUGAAGCGACUGUCACGGGACCUCGGCCUUUCGUGUCCGCAUUUGUUGCACUUAGGUUUGAACUCAGUGUUCACUCUCGCAUUACGUGACGACGAUAUAUCUCUUAAUACUCCCAAUCUGUUGAACCUCAUAGUGGACCCUUUUCCACAGCUUAUGGAACUCGAUUUAUCCGGUAACAAAUCAAUUGUGGAUUACGUCGCUCGUCGCAUCCAUUCGCUUGACCACAUGACCAUUGAUUCCUUCCUUGACAGUUUCCUGCGAUCGGCUCCAAAUUUGGAACUUCCUGGACCUCGCCUUAUUCUUCGCCAUUGGUCUACGGAUUGCCUGAAGGCGCUUCUUGUUUCUGCAUCAAUUCGGACGAUGUGCAGCAAUUUGUCUAUGUCACUGGUUGUCGAUGAUGUAUCACAAUUGCCACAUUUGGACGCAGAAAAUGUGACAAUUUCAUCCGUUAUCGCUUAGAUUUGGCCUUGUUCACUUCGAUGUAAAAUUGUGGUAUCCAAAGUACCAUCCUCAGAUGACUUGGCAAUAUUUUGAGACGAAGUUGGCUCAAACGUCACAUACUCAACUCUGGAGUGGAAUCACUGGUUGAGAAAUUUGCUUACUGUGAAUUAUUAUCUAUUUAGAUAUCUGUUUUGAUGGCAGUAUUCACCGCCCUGUUUACCCCUCUUACGUUACUCUGUUUCUACAGUACCAGGAAUUUCGAGGCAUGGUAUCUCUCGCGGGCAAGUAUGAUUUGUGCUAAAUUGUUGGACUCCUUCUGUUGACACUCACCAACUUCAUUGUAUUCGCACUGCCAUAUCCACUCCAAAAGACUGUUGUACUUUUUCAUCUCAUGUGCUCUCACUCUUGAUUCUCCAACCAUGUUUCACUAUCGGAAACAUACUUGUUUCUUUUGUACUACACUUUCACGCAUUGGUGCCUUUAUCUGUCUUCCAUUGAUCAUGUGCAUGAUUUCCUCUCCUCACACAAGCACAAAGUUCAUCCCGCUGGCAGUUAAUGUCUGUCCAAGCGACCAAAACCUUAUCCACCCACUUGUCUCACCUACCAAAGAUACACAACCUCAGCAAUCCCCGCUACAUGCACACCUUGACUCAAUCGCACCGUUUUGAGCCGGGUCACUUCGAUUGUUCCCCUAUGCUUCAUUCUGUCUUUCCUGACCUGUUAGUUGUAUGUUCUGCUCGAUGAAGAUAACUUAUUUUUAUAUCAGAAUACACUUUAAUGCUCGU